AUGGCUGAGCCGGCAAAUACCCCCAUCCCCGGUUCGACACCGCGUUCCGGCUCCCCAACCCACUCCCAGGGCUUCCGCUCCCCCUCAACCCCCUCCACACCGACCCGUAAAAAGCCGGGCGUCCUCCACAUCGGCGAUCCCAUCAAGUACCACCCGGACACCUACGCGCUCUUCUCCGCGCGUUGCGACAUCAUCCGCCCCUCGACCGCCGAACGCCAGCGCGACGAGUUCAAGCGCGCCUUGGCCGAGAACCGGUGGGGCGACUUCCAAGCCGUCUUCCGUCCCGCCUGGGGCACCGGCGGCGAGAUGGGGGGAUGGGACGAGGAGCUCAUCGCCCUGCUGCCCGAUAGCGUGCGCGUGUUCGCGAGUGCUGGUGCCGGGUUUGACUGGGUUGAUGUGCGGCGACUGGGGGAACGAGGCAUCAUCUACUGCAAUUCCAGCCCGGCCGCCGCCGACGCCGUCGCCGACUUCGCCCUCGCCAUGAUCAUCUCCACCUUCCGCCACCUCCCCUGGUGCGCCGCCGCCUCCGCCGACCCCACGACCUUCCAAGACUGCCACGCCCGCGCCACCCUCCUCUCGCACACCCUCCGCGGCCAGGUCCUGGGCCUCAUCGGCUUCGGCCACAUCGGCCAGGCCAUCGCCGCCCGCGCCCGCCCGGGCUUCGGCAUGGCCGUGCACUACCACGACCUCGUCCGCAAGGACCCCGCCCUCGAGGCCCGCCUGAGUGCCACCUUCCACCCUUCGCUCGCCGACUUGCUCCGCCUCGCCGACUGCCUCGUCCUCUGCACGCCUUCGACCGGCGAUGGCCGCCCCGUCAUCACCGCUUCGACGCUGCAACGCUGCAAGCCGGGUGCGCGAUUCGUCAACGUUGCCCGCGGGGGUCUCGUUGACGAGGAGGCCCUGGCUGAUGCCCUCGAGAGCGGGCACCUCUCCAGCGUGGCUCUUGACGUGCAUGCGUCCGAACCGAAUGUGAAUCCCCGCCUGGCUGCCUUGAGAGGGGACAGGGUGCUGCUGACCUGCCAUAAUGCCGGCGGUACGGUCGAGACCCAUGCCGGGUUUGAGGAUCUGAGUAUGCGGAAUAUCAUGGCCGUCUUGGGAGGAGGGGAACCUAUUACGCCUGUCAAUUUGGAGUUUCUGCGCCGGAGUUGA